CAGACAUCAGCCGCAUCCAUCACCAUGACCUGAUUCUCCCCUCAACAUCUCCAAUCAUGACUCUCGUCCCAGUAACUCUCGAAAGCGCCAACGCGCAUAACUCAUGCCAAUUCUUAUUCCCCACCCGAAGAGGCGAUUAUCUCAUUCAAGUAUCCUGGCCGCUUUGUUGGAAUGAUCGCGCUCCAGUGAAUGACGAUGCCAUCGUCUCCACUGUGUACAUUGUUGAUGGAAAUGCGUACUUUUUUACUGCGACAGAUAUCGCGCGGAGAUUGGAGUUUACGCAUCAGACGAGAGCUGUAAUCGUAGCUGUUGGGUAUCCUAACAAAACUUGCGUUUUUGACAAGCGCCGGAAUGGGGACUUGACACCUGCGUCUUCUGAUGGGGCUUAUGAUAUUCCCCCUGGACCAGAUGGGAAACCAUCGCUUGGUCCUUUUGGCGGCGCAUCGGAUUUUCUGGAUAUCAUCAAGAAAGAUAUCCAACCGUAUAUUGAAAGCACUCUCUUCCCGGGUGUCCCUCUGGGAGCAAGUCCCAAAGCGCUCUUUGGUCACUCGUACGGCGGUCUCUUCACCCUCAACGCUCUGUUCACGAAGCCAGAGUCUUUCGAUACAUUCAUCGCUGCGAGUCCGUCUAUUUGGUUCAACAAUUGCAGCAUUGUUCGUGGCCAGGAACAGCGCUUCAAUGAGCGCGACCCUUUGACUGGUCGCGCGCCAAGAUUGUUGGUCAUGUUUGGUGGAGCGGAACAGACGUUGAUUCAAUUGCCUGGUGAGUCGGAUGAGAAGUUUGAGAAGAAACAAAAGGGCGCGACGCUGCGAAAGAUGAAGGAUAAUGCUUUGGCUUUGGUGGCGAGGAUGGAAGAGUCGCCUCAUUUGAGAAAUGUUUGGUGCUGGGAGUUUGAGGGUGAGGAUCAUGGUUGCGCGGCACCGUGUGCGUUGCAGAGAGGGCUGUUGAGGUUUCUAAUAGAUCAACGUGCGGGGUAGUAAAUUCAGAGUAUAUUUAUUCUAUCUCUAUCAAACAUCAAAUGGUAUUAAAACAUCGCGAGUAGCUAGCAGAAUCGAAAACGCAAUCAGGUCUAUCCAAGUGUUCUCCGGGGGGCGCUAUCUUGUCUUGUUCGCGCAGCG